AAAAAUACUUCAUCCGGUACUAAACAACACUGAUCAUUCAUCCAUCCAUCUACCUCAAUACAACAAGCGUUACAACCUUAUUGCCUCCGACCCAAUACGAUAAUUUAACCUUGUUUUGUUUUGUGACUCUUUGACUCUUUUUGAGUUGAAAGUUAGAGAACAACACAAUAAACAAUGGCGGGAAUAGCUAUACUUGUAGAUCUUUGGAGGAAGAAUCAUAAUUCUGCUUUUCAAUCUUCUUCCGCUUUUUCUUCUUCCUCUUCUGCUGCUGUUGCUGCUGCUGCAGCUGCUUCUUUUGCUGCUGGUACCACUUUUGCUUCAAGGGCUUUCUUUCGGAUACCAGUUGCAUAUUGUGAUGCUGGCGCCACAGUAUCUGAAGAUCUUAUUUCUACUAUACAAAGUGCUUCUGAAGAUUUUAUUUCUACUAUACAAAGUGCUUCUGAAAGGAUCAACAAUUAUGAUGCUGAAAGAUUUAGUACAAAAACGUACAAUGUCCAACCUAAACCUCUAUUCUCUGCUUUCGAAUUGAGGUCACUUGCAAUGACUUCAAUAAGGUCAUUCCUGAUGCACUAUUUGCCUCUUUUGGAGCCGCGUGCAGAAAUGGAAGAUGAUGAAGACACUUUUGAAAGUCUUACUGAGGAACAGCCAGAGCACCGUGUUGAUCUGGUUGUUCCCUUCAAAAAGUCUGUGAAGCAAAUCAUACGUGAGACAAGUGUUGUGACGACUAGAAGAUUUUUAGAAAGAAUUGCUGUCCAUUAUGUUUCAGAGCGAAUGGCUUGGAAACUUCUUAAAGAUGUUCCUAGAUCAGCUACUCGCAAGGCUGCAAGGAAUAUGCCUACUUAUGUUUACUUCUUUUCUGUGGGCAGAACAACAUUCAGAGGACACAUGCUAGGAGUUGCAGCAUCAUGGGUUGUCCAAGUAGGCAUGGAAUUGUAUCGAUUCUUUAGAUCUAUUUUCAGUGCCAAUGAUGAAGAUAGUAAUGUCGAUACAACCAAGCAAGAUACAACCAAGCAAGUUCAACUUCUCGGACAGAAGGUUGCCCUUACUUCAAUAAGGUGUAGUUCAUCUUUAGUUUUUGCCUCCAUAGGGGCAGGGAUCGGUGCUACCCUUGUUCGUCCAUCACUUGGCCAGUGGAUUGGAUGUGCUGCUGGUGAUUUGGCUGGUCCAAUCAUUGUAGCAUUUUGCGCCGACAAAGCAUUUCAAGUGGCACUUUAGUGCUACUUAUUUUUCUGACUUAUUCUUUACAAACCUCAAAAAUGAAUGGUGUAUCUUCAAAUUUUUGCAGUUUUUAUAUGUCAUCAUAUCUUAAUGAGCUACUAACUUGAAUUUGAUUCAACUCUUUUGAGCUGAAAGGGUUGUAACAUUCUUCCCGUGAUGGUGACUUUAUUACUGUUUCAAUUAAUAUUCCACUUCCUAAACUGUUAGUGUCA